GCGCUCGCCCCGCAGCGCCCCAGCUCCCUAGGACAGUGUCGCGGCCCACACGUCCGUCCACCGGCACCUGCCCCAUGGCCGAGCGCGGGGAACUCGAUCUCACCGGCGCCAAGCAGAACACCGGCGUGUGGCUGGUCAAGGUUCCUAAAUAUUUGUCACAGCAGUGGGCUAAAGCCCCUGGCAGAGGUGAAGUUGGAAAGCUGCGGAUUGCCAAGAAUCAAGGAAGGACUGAGGUGUCCUUUACUUUGAAUGAAGAUCUUGCAAAUAUUCAUGAUAUUGGUGGGAAACCAGCUUCAGUCAGUGCUCCCCGAGAACAUCCAUUUGUUUUGCAAAGUGUUGGAGGACAGACCCUAACAGUAUUUACCGAGAGCUCAUCAGAUAAGCUGUCUUUGGAAGGAAUCGUGGUCCAAAGAGCUGAAUGCCGCCCUGCUGCCAGUGAGAACUAUAUGAGAUUAAAGAGGUUGCAAAUAGAGGAAUCUUCCAAACCUGUAAGACUAUCACAACAACUGGAUAAAGUUGUAACAACCAAUUACAAACCUGUUGCUAAUCAUCAACACAAUAUUGAAUAUGAAAGGAAGAAGAAGGAAGAUGGAAAGCGAGCUCGAGCUGAUAAGCAGCAGGUGUUGGACAUGCUGUUUUCAGCCUUUGAGAAGCAUCAGUAUUACAACCUGAAGGACCUGGUGGACAUCACCAAGCAGCCCGUGGGCUACCUGAAGGAAAUCUUGAAAGAAAUUGGUACUCAGAAUGUAAAAGGGAUCCACAAGAACACGUGGGAGCUGAAGCCGGAAUACAGACACUACCAAGGAGAAGAGAAGAGUGAGUAGGCCUACGCUGGGCGGACU